CUGCGUGACAGGAGGGAGAGGAAGAGACAUGGAGUGAGGAACCCGUGACCUCUAACAUGGACAUCUCCACGGGGCACAUGGUUCUGUCAUACAUGGAGGACCACCUGAAGAACAAGGAUCGUCUAGAGCAGGAGUGGAUCGCCCUCUGUGCAUAUGAGGCAGACUGCAACGCCACCACCCUUGCCCUCAAGCCGGAGAACAACCAGAAGAAUCGCUACCCUGAUGCCGUGCCCUACGACCACAACCGGGUAGUCCUCAAUGCACAUGCUAACGUCAACGGCUCCGACUACAUCAACGCAUCACCCAUUACGGACCACGACCCAAGGAACCCCACGUACAUCGCCACACAAGGACCACUGGAGGCCACAGCGGCGGACUUCUGGCAGCUAGUGUGGGAGCAGGGCAGUGUGGUGGUGGUGAUGCUCUCUCGCCUCACUGAGAACGGCCACACUCUCUGCUUCCGCUACUGGCCUGAGGAAGGAAGUGAACUGUAUCAUAUCUAUGAGGUCCACUUGGUGUCAGAACACAUAUGGUGCGAUGACUACCUGGUGAGAUCUUUCUACCUGAAGAAUGUGAGAACUGGGGAGACAAGGACAGUGACACAGUUCCACUUCCUCUCCUGGCCUGAUUCUGGCACUCCGGCUUCCACUAAGGCUCUCUUGGAGUUUAGGAGGAAGGUGAACAAGUCUUACCGAGGUCGCUCCUGCCCCAUCAUUGUGCACUGCAGCGACGGGAUUGGCCGUACCGGGACCUACUGCCUCAUUGACAUGGUCCUGAACCGCAUGGCCAAGGGUGCCAAGGAGAUCGACAUCGCCGCCACGCUGGAACACAUCCGGGACCAGCGCCCGCACAUGGUCCGCACCAAGGCACAGUUUGAGUUUGUACUGAUGGCCGUGGCAGAAGAGGUUCACGCCAUUCUGAAGGCACUCCCCCAGUAGACCCACGGCCCCCCCCAGCAGCAGCAGCAGCAGCAACCCUGCCCCCCUCCGCCCCCUCCCCCACACAACCAUCAGACUUAUUAGAGGGAAGCACCGACGGGAUUCGAGUCGUCCCACCAAGACCUGAGAGAAGGGCGGCCGCGGCUCCGAGGGUUGGCUGGCACUGUGCCGAGGGAGGGACGCACUGGCCACCAAGACGCCGCACCAUCACUGGAUAUCCAAGUUUGACCGCCGCCUCCACCAACUCCCCACCUUCCUCCCUGCCCUCAUCCAUCACCCUUCCUGCCUCACACACACACAGACACACACACGCGUACACACAAAUACACCCCUAGUGCGGUCCAUAAGUACACAUUUGCACAUUCAAUCCCCUCCACACUCCCGCCCCUUUCCUUCCCUUCACUUCCAGCACCUCCCCCCUCCCCCCCAGACCGCCGCACCCAUUGGCCCCUUUGGACACAGCAAGGCACCGACCGACGCCCAUGAAGCAGUUAGACGAUAACGAUGGAUAUAUAUUUUCUUUUAAAUGUCUCCAGAUAAGGUAUAUAGGAAUAUAUAUAUAUAUAAAUGAAUAUAAUAUAAAUAAAUAUAUAUAUACAAUAAACAAAAGUACCAGCGUGUAUAAGUGGUAAUGACACUGUGUACCGGAGCAUCUGUCCACCAAGUCACACUCGGUUCCACAACCUUCCCGCGCCUGCCCCUCACUUGUCCAAAGCCCCCCCAGCCUGACAGGGCUUGCCUCGGCCUCACCGCUGCUGCUGCCGGGCGGCGCUGCUAAGCUUGUGUAACUGAGUCAGGUCGUGUUGUCUAAACCUCAACUCUCCGCUUUAUUUUCUUUACAAAAGUUCUCCAAAAGUUAUAUAAAAAGACGAAAAUAGAAAACUCCAACAAAAAAAUGUUACGUCUAAGAGAAAGCGAGUCAGCCCUUCGUUGGGUGGGAGAGGGCGUCCCCGAGCCUCCUGGCUGGCCGCUGCCUCCUCCUCCUCUCAUCAGGAGCCUUCUUGGACCCAGCCUCCCAAGAAGGCUUCUACCGGCCAGUCAAGUUCCUCGGCUGAUGACUCUCACGGCCAAUGAGCGUAGAUGUUGCUUCCCAUGUGUGUCCCUGUAGAGCAGUGGUAGUGCCGUAGGCUGUAAGGUGUCUCGGUGUUCUGUAGGCUACUGGCGCCCCCUCCGGCCCCCUCCCGGCCCCCCCUCCAACCCCGUGGCCACCACAGGCCUGAGGGACCCAGCUUGGCGUUCCUGUGGGCGGAGACACCACCGCGGGGCCCGGCCAGCGGCGGCGGCGGCGGGUGAGGGUGCCACCCCACCCGCCCCGCUGCCCGGGUAGUCUUGGUCGUUGUGUGACGCUGUUGCUGCUAGUUUAUGGCACCUCAGUUACCAGCAGCUUUGUGGCAUUAGUAACAUUAAAUUGCUUUGUAUGACUUCCUCAUUAUCAUUAUUAUUAUUAUCUUUAUUUUUAUUAUUAUCGUUACUAUGAUCAUUAUUAUUAUUAUUAUCAUUGGUUGAGCACUAGAUAUGUGCGUGUGAGUAUUACUGUCAUCUGAUUUGCCAUGACAUUUCAUUAUUUUGGUCAGUAUUACAAAUAUUGCCAACUCUGUAUCUUGUUCAUAUGAUUAUUAUUAACUCAUCCGUCUCAAUUCUGACAACAACUAUCCACGUUACAAUAGUUAGUGAGAUAUGUUUGGACUAGAGCUGUCUUCACUGUGCGGGCCACCACCACCACAACUACACCCAACGCCACUACCACCACCACCACCACCACUACCACAACCACCAUCACCACCACCAGAACAGCACACCACUACCACCACCACUACAACACACCUCUACACACACAACAACAACACCUGACUUCCUUGGCCGCAUCCACCAGGUGUGUGCGUGUGCUCGUGUGCGUGAGUAUGUGUGCGUGUGUGGCCCACUGACAUAAAGUAAAAGAAAGGAUAUAUAAAUAUAUAUACAUAACUAUAAUAUUGAGUUUGGCUAUGUUGUGAUCUUUCUCCUCUUCUGAUGCUGUUUAUUUUACCCUCUCGAUCUUACUGUUUAUUCAUCUCUGUUCUCCAUCUCCUUUUCCUCUUCCACCUCCUCCUCCUCUUCCUUCCUCCUCCACCUCCCCACCCUUCCCCAUGCCUCCAAAGCCAAUAAAGUGAUUUGGUGGAA